CAAAAACUUGUUUUUUUCUGUAGAGCUGCUCAAAAAAAGUUAAUCCUUUCUUAUUUCCUUCCUUAGAAGCAUUAUAUUUCAAUUCGUUGUUUCUUUCUUCUUCUUCUUCUUCAUUAUUUAUUAUCCCCUUUUUUAAAAAAGAAAUAGAAAAAUCAGAAAAGAAAGAAAAAGCCAAGAUCUUUUUGUAUAUAUACUUGUGUCGUUAAAAAAAAGUCUGGUUUUAUUCAACGCUGUUUUUGAUCUUUUUGAGUCCUUGCUUUUGUGGGUUGUUUAUUUACAUUUUCGCUAUAAUACCUGCGAUUGCUUUACGUUGUUUUCUAUUGAUUUGUUGCUUUCUUUAAAAGCCAUCCAUCCCUUUUUCCACCGAUAUACUCUCUUACCAGUUCUUUUAUAAAAAAAUAAGCUUUUCAUCUCCUCUCGCUUAAUUUAUCAUGUUUGGGUUCUUUCGAAAGAGAUCAACCCAGUUGGUAAUAGGGGCUACGGCACUUGCCGGUGGUGCUUACACGGUUGCCGUAUUUUCUAAAUCGCCGAGUAAUAAUGCUGAAUACAAUAAAGCAUUCUACAAGCCUUUCCAGAGGCAAUUAGAUCCUCCUCCAUCUCGUGAAGCACUUUUGGAUCGAAUAAAAUCGACUCCAAAGUACGAUGUUUUAGUUAUUGGAGGUGGUGCCACGGGAACAGGUGUUGCUGUUGAUGCUGCUACACGUGGUCUUAACGUUUGUCUACUUGAAAAAACAGACUUUGCUGCUGAAACUUCAUCGAAAUCUACUAAAAUGGCGCAUGGUGGUGUUCGCUACUUAGAAAAAGCUAUCUUUAAACUCUCGAAAGCUCAAUUGGAUUUAGUCAUCGAAGCCCUUAACGAACGGGCGAAUAUGCUUCGUACUGCUCCUCACCUUUGUUCUGUUUUACCGAUUAUGAUCCCUGUCUAUGAAUGGUGGAGAAUCCCUUAUUACUAUGCUGGAUGUAAAUUGUAUGACUGGUUUGCUGGUUCCCAAAAUUUGCGAGCUUCUACGGUUUUUUCCAGAGAAAUGACAACUGCCCUUGCUCCUAUGCUAAAUGAUUCUGAACUGAAGGCUGCUUGCGUUUACCACGAUGGUACUUUCAACGAUUCAAGAAUGAACACGACUCUUGCCAUUACUGCAGUAGAUCAUGGUGCUACAGUCUUGAAUUACAUGCAAGUAAAGCAAUUGAUCAAGUCUUCUGAUAAUAAAGUCCUUGGUGCCGUUGCCGUUGAUCGAGAAACUGGAAUAGAAUACGAGGUAAAAGCUACAGCCACUGUGAACGCAACAGGACCAUACGCAGAUAAGAUCUUAGAAAUGGAUGAAGAUCCAAAUGGAAAGCCCCCUAAAACUGCUCAAUUCCCUCGCAUGGUGGUUCCAUCUUCUGGUGUUCAUGUUGUCUUACCCGAGUACUACUGUCCUAGAGAUUGGGGUUUGCUCGAUCCGUCAACGAAGGACGGCCGUGUUAUGUUUUUCCUUCCUUGGCAAGGUAAGGUUUUGGCUGGCACCACUGACAACCCACUUAAAGAAGCCGUUUCCAAUCCAAGUCCUUCAGAAGAGGAUAUUCAAGAUAUCUUGAAUGAAUUGCAAAACUACAUUACUUUCCCAGUACAAAGAAGCGACGUGCUAUCCGCUUGGAGUGGUAUUCGACCCUUGGUUCGUGACCCAAGCAAUGUUCCCAAAGGUCUUGACCCAAGCACUUCAAGUACACAGGGUUUGGUUCGCUCUCACUUAAUUUACGUUACGGGCACUGGACUUGUUACUAUUAGCGGAGGUAAAUGGACUACGUAUCGAGAAAUGGCCGAAGAGACGGUGGACAGAUUGGUCAAGGACUUCGAUUUUGGUAAGACCGUUAAACCAUGCCAGACGAAGCAACUAAUUUUGGUUGGUGGUGAAGACUACACCAAGAACUAUUCUGCCAAAUUGAUGCACACCUACCAUAUUCCACUUAACCUAGCUAAACAUCUUUCACAUAACUAUGGUACUCGCUCUCCUUUGAUUUUGGAAUUGUACAUCCAAUCCGACAUCAACAAAUUGCCCGUUGUUCUUGCUGGUAACAGAAGUUUCACUCCUUCCAAAUCAGACGUUACAAAGAAUAAUGAGUUAUCGUAUGCUGCUUUCGACGAGCCUUUCACUGUCGCUGAAUUGAAGUAUAGUUUGCUUUACGAGUUUACGAGAACCCCACUCGAUUUCUUGGCUAGGAGAUCAAGGCUUGCGUUUUUGAACGCUAGAGAAGCUUUGAGAGCUGUUGACGGUGUCACUACAAUUAUGAAAGAAGAAUUUGGUUGGGAUAAUGCCACAGCUCAGAGGUUGAGAGAGGAAGCCAGAGAAUAUAUCAUUAAGAUGGGUUUACCUCCCAACUCUGAUGAAUCUUCGGCAGACAACACUCUUUGAGGUUGUAUACUUUGUUAUAACCUUUUCUAAGUUUUAUUUCGGAUGAUGACCAGAAACUGUGUCCAAGGUAUUAUAUAUAAUCUUUCACUCUCUAGUCUUUUUUUCCUAUUAUUUUUUUACUCUGCUUUUUUUUUACUUUUACGAUUAAUUGCUAUUGAUAUGCGUUUCAAUUUAGUAAUGGAGUUAUAUUUUUGAAGUUUUAUUUAUAUUAUCCAGG